AUGGAAAAUCGUGGCUAUUGAAGAAGAAGACCAAUGUCGACGAUAGAGAAAGCGUUGAUUCAGAUCUUCGAGAGGAAGAAUCGAAUAAUCGAUAACGUGAAGCAACAAAUCCUUCUCUUCGAUCACCAACUCGCUUCCAAAUGUCUCAUCGACGGCUUCGUUCCUCCGCCUUGGCUCCUCUCCACUUCUCCAUCCGAGUUGAACAAGGAAGAUCUCAUCUCAGGACUCCUACUUCCACGGUCAGAACAUUCCAUUCCGUACUGUUCUCUGUAUCAACAGCCAGUUGUUACAAAUGAUAAUGUGAACUUACCCCCUGUUUUAUGCUCCCGAGUUGAUGCUUCAAAUGAAAAUGAAGGCUUAGAUAAGUUCCUUUAUGGUAAAACUGAUGAGCUGGAUCCUAGUGUUACAUCUCCUCCUCAAGAUUGUAGAGAUGGGAUGGUCUCAGAUAUUUGUCCCGACCCUUGUUUAUCACUGGCAAGAAUCCAGAGAUCUAAGUCUAGGCAACGAGCUUUAGAGCAUCGAAACAGUGCAAAGAAACUAUGUAAAAAAGGUGAGAGCUGUGACAAUAAUUGUGAUGCUUGCAAUUGUCAAAACAAAGUGUCCAAGAUUGCAUCUUUACAGUCUGGUCCUGUGGAUAAGAUGGAAUUGAUCAGAGCUGGUGACGAUGUUGUGAGUUAUGAGGGGGAAAAGGAAGAAAAAGGGCAAUACAGGAGCAAGGAAAGAAGUGGAAAUUUUUACUCCGAUAGAAUCACAAGAUCAAGAAGUUCUGUCCAACCUUCGAAGUCCCACAGUGGGCCUUCAGGUGCAGGCAACACUUCUCAUGUUGCUAAGCAGGAUGAGGUGGUACCUAGGGUAUCCAUAUGCAAAUCAGGAGAACAGCAUGUUGUUAAUCAUGAGUUAUUGGAGUCAGAAUUUGUUGAACCUGUUGAUAAUACUGAAAGCUUUGUAGUGAAAAAUGAAGAAAGAGGUCAAUGUUGGAGCCAGGGAAGGGGUGAAGAUAUUUGCCCCGGUAGUAUCACAAAGUCAAGAACUGUUCAUCCUCCAAUUUCUGCAAGUAGUCCUCCAAGUCCAGAUAUGAGCUUUUGCGUUGCAAAGCAGGAUGAUAUUUUGCUCACAGAAUCCAUUAACAAAUCAGGACUACAGCCUGAUGCUGCUGAUGAAUUAUUGCAAUCUGUAAAGCCAGUUGAUAAUGCUGGUACCUGUGUAGCAGCAAAGGAUGAACGAGAUCAAUACCAAAGCAAGGAAAAGGGAGGAAAUAUUUAUUCUGGUAGGGUCACAAGAUCUAGAAAUUCUGACCGAUCUCCCAAGUCUGUAAAUGGGCUUUCAUGUGCAGGCAAAACUUCUAAAGUUGCAAAAUGUGAUAACAAUAUGCUUCUAGAAAGCAUCAGCAGAUCAAAAGAACAGCCUAGUGCUGUUGAUAAGUUAUUGGCAUUGGUAAAGCCUACUCCUAUCUCUGAUGAAACAUGUGUUUCAAUGGAAGCAAGAGACCACCGGAGCAAGGAAAGGAAAGCAAUGUUUAUCAAGGAAGAUCCGUAUAGUUGUCCUGAUAGGAACAUCAAUGAUGGCAUUUGCAAAUCAAUGAAGCGUCCCUGCCAUGUUAAUGAUCUUAAUGAGUUGAUUAAGCCUUUCAAUAUCACCAAAGAAAGUUUUGAGGUAAAGGUCAAAAGUCAUAACCAAACAUUGGAGAAAGCUGUUGUGGAUAAAAAUAAUGAUGGUAGUAUCAGGUCAAAAGCUAAUUCUAGUGCAAAGUUGUUUAAACUUGAUUCCUCUAAUACUCUGGAGAAUAAAGUUACACAAUCCAAGUCAACAGCUUCCAACCAGCUCCUAUGUAAAAAGUCAUCUGUGAGGUAUAAAGAUGUUGGACAUAUGGAAAUUUCUGGCACUCAAGUAGAUUACUUGCCUUGUAUUGAUGGUAGUGCUCUUGCUGAAUUGAAUCAAUGUGAUGCAUUUGUUGCAGACACUGAUGAGGAUUCUGUUGAGUUAGUUGAGGCAUCAGCUAGUUCUGCCUCUAACUUGGAUGGUGGUAACAAUCCUUCUCUUAUCAAGUCAUUGAAUAGGUAUGGAAGAGUUGAGGUGGAAGCCACCGGAAAAUUUUCACAAUCUUCAUCUGCUAUGAAGGUGUUGCCCAAGCAACUUGAUUUUGAUGAUUUGGGGGAGUGCACUCUGAAGGAAGCUUCUAGUCUAAUGUUGAAGAGUGAAAACAUGAUCAACUCAUUGGAGAAAAGUUCUCUUACACCACUUCCUUGUGCAGAUAAUCUGGAUGAAGUAACUUCUGCUCACCACCAAGAAAAACACAACUCAUCCCAUGAAAAGCAGUUGCCAGAGGAGCAAGAACCUUUCUGCAAUGAGGAGAAACUGUCUGAAACAGCUUUUAGCAAGACAUCUGCUGGUAGAACUUCCAAUUUAAUUGUUUUCUCCUCAGAAAAACACACACCUGAUGCUGGUACGGGUGCUGUAACAAGUUCUGUGCCUGAAAGCAAUGAGAUUUCUGAUGUUGCAGGAUCCAAUAUAAAUGUUGAUUCAGGGAUAGAUCAUCUCUUUGAGAAGGAUUGGGGGAAGGUUGCAGUAAAAUCUGUAAUGUUGGUUCCGGAAGCUAGUGAUCAUAAUCUUAAUACUGAUUUAUGUAGUGGUCCUGCGAUUUGUAGCCCUCCCCUGCCAAGGGUAGCAGAUGCAACUUCCAAUGAUGCAAUUGGGUAUUCUAAUGCUGCUGCUGUAUUUGAAGAAACAAAGGGUCAUUCUCUGAAAGAGAAGAUGGAGUCAAGUCCUUCUCAAAUUCAAAAUGAAGCUACAACGGGAAGAUGUAUUGCUGGUGACGUUGAUUCUGUUCUUGAUCAAACACAUGCAAAAUCAAGUGACAAGAAGGUUUCAGUUCUGUCCAUACAACAAGGUAAACAUUCUAGCCCCCAUGUGGAGGGUUCAUGGCCACGUAAGCGGAGGAAAAUUGAUGAUCAACAAAAUAAUUCCCCGUCUUUUUCAUUAAGCUUGAAGGAAGAAGAUGCAAAGCAAUUAAGUGCUAAGUCUUUAGUUGAUGAAGAACAAAAUGAGGGGAAAUAUAAUCGAAAAGAAAGGGACAUCCCUUCCACUUUUAUGCAUAACCAAUUUGAUGUGGCUUCUGUCCCAAGUUUGCCCAUAGAUACCCUUGAUCACUCAGUGGACAGAACAGGAGCGGUAGAUUCAUCGAGCUUCAUGUUUGGUUCAACAAGGAAAUGCACUGCAGAUGAGAACAAAAUCGUAUUGAAUGUUGGGGCUAAAUCUGAAUUUGAAAAUAUCGACCAUUUGGCUUACGGUGAAAGGAGCAACAAAGAAAGCAAAUGUCAACUAGGAGAAGAUGGUAAGUUUUCAACUUCUCUCAUCAGUUCUCCUUGUCGACUCCCUUCAGACUUGAUCGGCGCAGAUCAAAGUAAACCAGAACUAGAGGGGUUUAUUAUUAAGACAGACGGUGAACGAAUAUGCAAUGGCGAAGAAGGCAUUAGCUUUGAAAAUUUUCACCUUCCAAAUACUACAAUAGGACGUGUUAGCCUUCUGGAGCAGCUUUGCAAAUCUGCUUGUAUUCGUACCCCAUUGCCCCAAUUUCCAUCCACGUAUAGAUUGCACCAAGCAACUGGUCUUUACCAAUCUGUUCCGAAUGGACUUCUAGAAUGCACGGACCUGAGGAGCUCUAGUUGCUUUGGUGAGGAAACAAACCGUGCGACUGGUCUUUAUCAGUCUGUUCCUAAUGGACUUCUAGAAUGCAUGGACCUGAGGAGCACUCUUCCCGAAAAUGAUGAUAGAAAAAGUCACCUUAAAAUCAGCAGUAGUUGCUUUGGAGAGGAAACAAAUCGUGCAUUUCUUGGAGAAGGCUUUUCUGAUUGCUUUCCAUUAUCUAGUUCUCAGCUUACUGGAAAUGAGAGAAAUCCCUAUCUUUCUCCAGUUGGCAAGUUCUGGGAUAGAAUCACAUCAAACUCUGACAGUUCAGAGAAGCGAGGUAGCCUAAAGCCAGAGCUGCCCUGCAUUAACGAAGAACAUGAGAUCACGGAAGAGGUGGUUGAUGCAUUUCAGGAAGCCACUGCUUCAAAAACAGUGACUUUCUCUUCCAAAAGGGAACCACUUACUGAGAUUAGGGAAUGUCCCAAUGUUCCUUCAUCAGUUUCUGGAGCUGAAAAUUUUAAUGUUAGAGAUAGCCUGGACUCUGUGAACACAGCCUACAGCUUCAUUGGGACUGAGAAGGGGACCAAGCAAAAGGUUCGAAAACACAAUGCUACAAAGAGGAGAGAUACAAUUAAGUUGAGAGAAAACUGCAGUAUAGUAUCAGUGGCAAAUUCUACCAAAAGGGCAAGUGAAUCACUUCGUAAUAGGUUCAGUAAACCAAAACUAUCUGAGAAAACCAAUCAAAGAAAAGGUGGGCCAAGUUUCUCUCAAAAGGAGUCAAAGAUCAAUAAUAUAGUUUCAAAUGUCACUUCGUUUAUUCCUAUCGCUCAGCAAAAACAAGCAGCUUCCAUUGCAACUGGGAAAAGGGAUGUUAAAGUGAAGGCUCUGGAGGCUGCUGAAGCUGCAAAGAAACUUGCGGAACAAAAAGAAAAUGAACGCAAGAUGAAGAAGGAGGCGUUGAAACUUGAACGGGCGAGGUUGGAGCUAGAAAACUUGAGGCAGUUGGAGCUCGAGAAGAAAAGGAAAGAAGAAGAACGAAAGAAAAAAGAGGCCAGUAUGGCCGCUAAGAAACGACAGAGGGAGGAAGAAGAAAGGUUGGAGAAAGAAAGAAAAAGAAAGCGCCUGGAAGAAGCACGGAGACAGCAGCGUGGCCCUGAAGAAAAAUUAUGUUCAAAGAAGGAUGAGAAUGAAAAGAAUUCCCAAGCCCAGGCUGAGAGAUCACAAACAUUGAAGGUUCCUAACAGUGAAGCAUUGAAGCACGAGAAAAUGCAAAAAGCAGUAGUAGCAAGUGAAGGAAAAAUGUCGACUAGGGAAUUUGGCACAGUUGUUUCUUCAACUUCUGAUGCCGUAAAAACCAGCACGGCCAGUGAAGAUUUUAAUGCGAAGGUAAUGAGCACCUUGAAUAGAGUAAAAGGGAGUGAUAACCAAAAUGCAGACGUAAAUAUUGAACAAUCAUAUGAUAUUUCUCCAUACAAAGGUUCUGAUGAUGAAGAAGAAGAUGAUGACGAUGAAAAUGAACCUAAUAGAAAAUUUGUUCCUUCAUGGGCCAGUAAAAAUCGUGUGGCUCUGGCUAUUGUUUCCCAGCAAAAUGUAAAUCCAGAAGCAAUAUUUCCCCCAGAAAGCUUUUGCAGCAUUUCUCAAGUUCUCUUGCCAAGAAAAUUCCAGCAAAACGGUGCAAAUUAAAUUGGAUGGUACGAUAUUGAAAAGCAUAGCAUCUUCUGCCAACUUAAAGAUAGCUUUUGCAUGAUUAUAAAGGUUGAAUGGAGAGACAUUUUGGAAGAGUAAGAAGAAGAUG